AUGACUCAAGCCAUCUACCCCCCACCUCCACCGCCCCAGGUGCCUGUUCCUCGUGAGAUCGAGGUCACGCUCGCCAAUGGGGUCGUUGGCACCUUGGCCAUCCCCCACUCGGUAGACGCCGACAACCCGUUCGUGGACGGAUACGCCCCCAGCACACACAAGGUGGCAUUGAUUCUCCAUGGCCAGUACGGCCACCGCAACUACUGCUACCAGCGGGUGUUGGCGCACAGGUUGGCAGCAGACUUGGGGGUCUACUCGCUCCGGAUCGACUUCAGAGGCUGCGGCGACUCCGCAGACAAUGCCGACGAUUCCGUGGGCAGAGUAUUCGAACAGGACGUCCAGGAUAUCCAGGCGGCCGCCGAAUACUUGGUCGAUGGGACCAAGAACGCGCUCAACAUCAAUUUCACCUUGUCUUCGAUCAUCGCCCACUCGCGGGGCUCGGUGGCCAUGUUCUUGUGGGCGUUGGAGCAGAACAAGCUCGUCAAGGCUAACCACGCCAGCAGGGCCAUCGUGGUUCCCAACUUGAUCAACUGCUCCGGCCGGUUCAACUCGCCCCGCGUCUACGAGCGGUACCCCAAGGAUUGGUCCGGGGUGGAGGUCAAGGUCAUCAGGCACGGAAAGCCCGAAACCUCCACCUUCGUCAGCGGCGAGAUCGUGUCGCUUGCGUCUGCCGACUUGGAGCCUGUGCGCGAUCUCACCCUCGACUGGUCGGUGAUGACCAUCUUUGGUCUUCAGGAUAUCAUAGUGCCCGUGGAGGAUUCCACCAUGUGGGCCAAUGCGUUGAACCGCGGGCCCCACUCCCACACCUUGAAGCUCAUCGAGGGUGCCGACCACAACUUCUACGGUGUCCACCAAAUUGAGAACUUGGGCGACGCCGAGGACUACAACCCCAAGAAUUUCCCCAUCAAUAGUAAAAAGUUGGUCAACUACAACUUCUUGGUCACAGACAUGAUCAUCGAGUAUCUCCAGCCAGAAGAGGAACUCAAGCGAUUCGCCUCGUCUAACGUCGACGUAGGUAAAUUGCCCAGAUGGAAGGAAGUCGAAGGGGUGAACAACUUCAGAGAUAUGGGUGGAUGGCAGAUCACAGAGCCAAGAUACACAAUCGAGAAUGCAGAGCACUACUAUGUCAAACCCCAUACCUUGUUCCGUUGCGCGAACAUGUCGAACAUCACCACCAACGGCCUCAAAACCCUUCAACGCCUUGGUAUCAAAACCAUUUUCGAUCUCCGGUCUGAUGGAGAAUGCGAUAAGGCUGGCCCUUCAAAGGAUUUGGAAAAGUAUGGCAUUAAGCGCAUACACACACCGAUUUACAAGCAAGACGAUUACUCACCCCAGGCAAUUGCUGUUAGAUAUACUCAUUUGAUGACAAGUUGGUACACCUAUGUUAACGUCUACCAGGAUAUGUUGGAAAUGGGUGUCAGUGCUUUCAAGACCAUUUUUGAAUACAUUCGGGACGUAAACGAACCCUUUGUGUUUCACUGCACUGCAGGUAAAGACCGUACAGGUAUGAUUGGGAUGCUUAUCUUAUUGCUCUUGGGAGUGGACAAACACACUAUCAGUAAGGAGUAUGAGUUAACCACUAUUGGGUUAAAGCCGGAAAUCCCGGUUUUGAAGUCGGCUUUUGCGGAAACUGUAUCGAAAUUGAGGGCUAAAAUGCAGAGCACCGUUGAUAUUGAGCAGAUCAUUGGCCAAGGUAGAAAAGACUGGAAUGUUGAGGAGGAAGGCUUUAAAAACUUGAUCAGUUCAAGGUACGAAGCCAUGCUUUCCACGAUUGAAAUGUUCAACAACAAAUAUGGAGGCAUCGUAGAUUAUUUGAAGUCUGAAUUGAAGUUUACUGAAGAAGAUAUCUACAAGAUUUAUCAAAAUUUGGUCAUUGUGGAUGAAAACUUUUCCCACAGUUCCACUUUAAACUGGCAUCAUAGAAAAGUUGAAAGAUCUAAAAUAUAG